AUGGCUGUACCACAACCGACCAAUGUGCAGCAGAUAUUAGCACCACAAGAUGAUACCCACUCACCUGCUGAAGAACCUGGCCAUCACGAUGUUGGCGUCCCAUUCACCAUCCCCCAGGCAAUAGCCGGCGCAGGACACACAGAUCCCGGCGAAUGGGCCGAACUCGUGAAAACACUGCCAUGGAAAGUUGCUCAAACCGCAAACCGUGUCAAAACCUCCGCAAUCGCAGUAAUGGUCCAAUGCCCAUCCCGCCGAGAGCCAAGCCAGCGAUCGACAACUCGAUAUACAGGAAAGCGUCUCCACGAACGGGUUUCUGCCAGCGCUGCCAACGUCGAAUCGAUCUUGAUACAGACAGUCGGCGAAAUUUCCCAACAGGAGUGCCAAAGCUGUUUGAAAGGACACGGCCCAUGGGCACAAUGCAUCCGAUUCAACGACAUCGAUCGAACAGUCACGGCGUGCGGAAAUUGUCAGUGGAAUGGAAAUAAAGGGCGCUGUGACUUUUACCAACCUCCUAUCGGUGGGGCGAAGCCCAAGGGCCGUAAACGCGCCCGCUCAUCGGCAUUCUCGCUGGGUGACCAGCCGAUUCGCCGCGGUAGGGAUGUGGAGCGGGCCGCAGCGUUGGAGGAUCUCGAGAAACGCAUACGCCAACUUCAAACCCGCCUGUACCUGGAUUCCUCCCGAUUAGCUUUUGUGCGGGUGAUGAUGGCACAAGCGAACGCCUCUGAGUCGAUCCCGGACAUCAGGGCCAAUCUUCCGACCACGACCGCCGACGAGAUAAAGGCUGAGUUUGAUCACGUUCUCGACUUGGUGGAACAGAUGAGACUGGCGGACAGAGCACUGUGA